AUGUGGCUGCGAAGCGAAACUAGAGAUCGACGAUUGCGUUCCAGCAGCGCUCGAAGCGCGGUUAAGUUCAAAUCCUCACUCAAAGUGGCUAACCAGAAGACAAAGAAAACUUCUUUAGUGGAACCCGUAGUAUCCUCGUCCCGCCGUUCGCCGGGGAACAGCCCAUCGUCGGUUGCUAAAUGCCGGUCGGAUGUAUCGACUACGACAGCCGAGAGUUCCAUCGUGGUGCGCUGUGUUACCACGUCUAGCGUUGCACCAAAGUCGAUCGUAUCUCGUCGAGCGCACAAUAAAGGAACCCGCAAUCAUCGGACAGCAACAGGCGGUGGUGGAGAUGGCGACAAAUCCAGCAGCCGAGAGAGCGUUCCGAUCCUCGAAGAUUGCAAGGAAAAUUGUUGGCAGGAUAACAAUGAUCUCACGCUGUUCGAUGGCACUACUGUUAUCGGUCAAAAGCACUUUGAAGAAUUACCCACGCACUCUAGCUGCCUCCCUGCGCAGCACUUACCUGGUGGAGUAGUUCCACCUAGCAACGGUCUGGCGAAUGUCGUCGAUCCUGCGGGUGUAAAUUAUUCCGUCGAAACCGCUGAGCAUGGUUUGUUCUCGAAAAAAGUUACCGACGAUCUAGGAUCUGCCGAAGACGAGUUGAACCAGUUUGGUAUAAUAUCGUACGAUUCCAACAAGAACACGCUGCUUGGUCACCCGAUCGUGUUGCCACCGAUGAAUUCCUCACUGGUGAGCAAUGUGAUGGCGCUGCCUUCGUCCCAGGAAGUAGUGGAACCGUUAAACUCAAAAUGCAUCACAGAGUGCGACAGCACAACGGCGGAUCUCGGUAGCGAUAUUGCCGCUGAGGACAUUAGUAGUUUGCGGGUGGCAUCGAGUGCCAUCCGAAGCGUGGAAGAGGAUACAAUCCUUCCUUCCACCUCGAGCGAGGGAGACUGCUCCAAGUCAAGUGCAAUCAUAUCUUCACAGUCGCUGGAAAUCGUCGUACCGGAGGUUGAUUCGACCACGGACACGAUCCCACCGGACAUGUCUUCUGCUAAUGUAAUUGCUGGCGAUAUGAUCGCCUCAUUUCCCCUCGCCGCUUCUUCCAUCGUUGCGACCGGUUCGUCGAUGUCCUCGUCGUCGUCGUCGUCCUCAUCGUCCUCCACAUCUUCCUCGUCAUCAUAUUCAUCGUCAACAUCUUCGUCGUCGUGCAAUUCAUCGCUUGCAGCGUCCGUGUCUGCCGUUUCGAUGGUAGCUUCUUCGCUGUCUUCGACUUUCCAACCAGUUGCGUACAGCAAUUGCUCAUCCCUCUCGGCCGGAGGAUACGAGGAACAGCCCCAAUCGAGCUAUUCACCGAGUCAAACGGCUGCCGCCGCUGCGGUAGCUUCUGACUUGAUUUCAAUGUUCGACGAGGAGCACUACAAAAAUGCUACCGAUCUCGGUCAGUACUCGGACUUCUCGUACAACGCCCUGUUAACGCAGGCGUUGCUGAGCUGUGGAGAUGCGGCAGCUGCGGCAGGACUCAAUCUAAAUUGUGGGCAGUCCAGCACGGAGAAUUUGAACGAUUCCGCGUUUCUUUCGUCACUCAACACGACGGCAAUCGAGAACUUGAAGGCAUUGACGUCCCUUUCGAGCAUGGGUCAUAACAUGGACGGGAUGAUGUUGGAUGAUGGUACUGGUUCCAGUUCUAGUGGAGGUGCGAUGGGUUAUCUUACGGAGUACGGCAACCCGCCACAGCACCAGCGAACGUUGGAUGGAACGGAACAACAAUCUUUGAUUCACAACAUCGAAUGCAAUGAAUCGAUUCCCAUGUGCGGCGAUGAUCCCGAGGCCGCUAUGCAGCUCGAAAACAAUGAAUGCAUAGAAAUGGAGGAAUCGAAUGACGGACAACAUGAUGAUUCGUCUUUGCGAGCUUUCGAUCCUUAUCUGUUUAUCAAACAUCUGCCCCCUUUGACGUGUGAAAUGCGCUCCAAGUGUCCGGCGCUUCCUCUGAAGACCCGGUCCAGUCCCGAAUUUAGUUUAGUGCUCGAUCUGGACGAAACGUUGGUGCAUUGCAGCUUGAUGGAAUUAUCCGACGCAAGCUUCAAGUUUCCGGUGCUGUUUCAGGAGUGCAAGUACACAGUGUUCGUACGCACGCGACCGUAUUUCCGCGAGUUUCUCGAAAAGGUAUCACAAAUCUUCGAGGUGAUUUUGUUCACCGCCUCGAAGCGCGUCUACGCCGAUAAGCUUCUGAAUCUACUCGAUCCCGAUCGACGGCUUAUUAAAUAUCGUUUGUUCCGCGAACAUUGUGUACUAGUCAACGGGAAUUACAUUAAAGAUUUGACCAUUCUUGGCAGAGACCUUGCCAAAACUAUCAUCAUCGAUAACUCUCCGCAGGCAUUCGGAUACCAGCUAGAAAACGGUAUACCUAUCGAAAGCUGGUUUGUUGAUCAAAACGAUUCGGAGCUGAUGAAAAUUCUACCAUUUUUAGAACGAUUGGUAGAGAUGCGCGAAGACGUUCGACCGCAUAUUCGUGAAAAGUUUCGAUUAUUUUCAUUUUUACCGCCUGACUAA